GUGGGCUCCAAGAGCGAAAGCGCGCGAGUCCAGGGCUGGCCCGCUGCUUUGGAACCGCUGGCCGCGGCGCUGGGCUUGGCCCUGCCGGGACUUGCCUUGUUCCGAGAGCUGAGCCGGUGGGGCGUUCCCGGCGACGCCGACCGCACCAAGCUACUGCACUGGGGAAGUGGCCCCGACGCCUUCGUCCUCAGCUACGCGGCCGCCCUGCCCGCAGCCGCCCUGUGGCACAAGCUCGGGAGCCUCGGUGGUGGCGGGGGCUCCGCAGUCGCUGUGCGUCGCCUGCUAGGCUGCCUGGGCCCCGAGACCCGCCGCCUGCCCCUGGUUCUGACCCUGUUGGUCCUCUCCUGUCUUGGGGAGAUGGCCAUUCCCUUCUUCACCGGCCGCCUCACUGACCAUCUUCUGCAGGACCGGGCCCAGGAUGCCUUCACUAGGAACAUAACCCUCAUGUCGGUCCUCACCAUAGCCAGCGCGGUGUUGGAGUUCAUCGGGGACGGACUCUACAACAGCACCAUGGGCCGUGCACACAGCCACCUGCAGGGAGCGGUGUUUCGGGCCGUCCUGAACCAGGAGACAGAGUUUUUCCAACAGAACCAAACAGGAGACAUCACAUCUCGGGUGACAGAGGACACGGCCAAUGUGAGCGAGUCACUGAGUGAGAAGCUGAGCCUACUGCUGUGGUACCUGGCGCGAGGGCUGUGUCUCCUGGGGCUUAUGCUCUGGGGGUCACUGUCCCUCACCAUAGUCACCUUGGUCACCCUGCCUCUGCUUUCUAUUCUGCCCAAGAAGCUGGGAAAAUGGUAUCAGUCACUGGCAGUACAGGUGCGGGAAUCUCUGGCAGAGUCCAGCCAGGUGGCCAUCGAGGCUCUGUCAGCUAUGCCUACGGUCCGGAGCUUCGCCAACGAAGAGGGCGAGGCCCAGAAGUUUAGGCAAAAGCUGCAGGAAAUGAAGACACUCAACCAGAAGGAGGCUGUGGCCUAUGCAGUCAACCAAUGGACCACCAAUAUCUCAGGGAUGCUGCUGAAGGUGGGCAUCCUCUACCUCGGUGGGAAGCUGGUGACGAGUGGGGCCGUAAGCAGCGGGAGCCUCGUCACAUUUGUUCUCUACCAGAUCCAGUUCACCACGGCCGUGCAGGUGCUGCUCUCCACCUAUCCCAGUGUACAGAAGGCUGUGGGCUCCUCAGAGAAAAUAUUUGAAUACCUGGACCGGACCCCUCGCUGCCCGCCCAGUGGACAGUUGACCUCCUUAAACUUAAAGGGCCAUGUCCAGUUCCAAGAUGUCUCCUUUGCCUACCCGAACCGUCCGGACGUCUCAGUGCUGCAGGGGCUGACAUUCACGCUACGUCCUGGUGAGGUGACAGCACUGGUGGGACCCAACGGGUCUGGAAAGAGCACCGUGGCUGCCCUGCUGCAGAAUCUGUACCAGCCCACCGGGGGGCAGGUGCUGCUGGACGGGGAGCCCCUUCCUCAGUACGAGCACCACUACCUGCACAGCCAGGUGGCUUCAGUGGGACAAGAGCCACAGCUCUUUGGAAGAAGUCUUCAAGAAAAUAUUGCCUAUGGCCUGGUCCAGAAACCAGCUAUGACGGAAAUCAUAGCUGCAGCAAUGGAAUCCGGGGCCCAUCAUUUUAUCUCUGGACUUCCUCAGGGCUACGACACAGAGGUGGGUGAGUCUGGGAGCCAGCUGUCAGGGGGUCAGCGACAGGCAGUGGCCUUGGCUCGGGCAUUGAUCCGGAAACCACGUGUACUCAUCCUGGACGAUGCCACCAGUGCCCUGGAUGCAGACAGCCAAUUACGGGUGGAGCAGCUCCUGUAUGAGAGCCCGGAGCGGAGCUCUCGCGCUGUGCUUAUCAUCACCCAGAGUCUCAGCUUGGUGGAGCAGGCUGACCACAUCCUCUUCCUGGAGGGAGGCAUUAUUUGUGAGGCGGGGACCCACCAGCAGCUCAUGGAGAAGAAGGGGCGCUACUGGGCCAUGGUGCAGGCUCCUGAGGGUGCUCCAGAAUGAAAGGCUCCCUGGACCUGCACUCACUAUCUCCUUUCCGUUCCUUCUCCAAUUGGUGGUGGGGAAGCUGGGAACGAAGAUCUUACCAGAGCUGGAGAGUAGGCAGCUCCUUCUAGGAGGAGUUACCCUAUAUGGGAUGCCUGGAAGCUGAUGCGAAUGUUACCUUUUCUCCAAGCUCCUCUUGAGAAUGCGGACUUCCUGGAAGACAUCUAACUCCUUCCUGUAACUGGGCUUAGAGCUGGGGUUGCUGUUGUGAUGUGGAUAGUUCUGUGAAAUUAAGGAAAAAUGACUCAGAAUGUUCAGAACAGGAGAAUGAGCUAUUUUCAAUGACCAAAGGUAUAUGCUUGUCCAUAAACCUGAGGUGUCUUUGAUAUUUAUAAUAAAUUUUGUGUUUUGUA